UUUUUUAAGUUCUCUUGCUAGCUUUUAUGAAAAAAAAUUCUGAUUUGAAUUUGCCCUUUGACUAUGAAAAAACAAACAAUAAUUAGUAAGUAAAAAUUGUACAAUUAAUAUAUUAAUUAAUUUAAUCAUAAUAGAUAAAUCCCAUAAUGAAGGGUUGAAGCCGACAGAGAAACGUUGGAUUAGAAAGGGGAUGGAGCAUGUGGUCUUCCACAUGUUCUCUUCUCCUCUAAUAUAAAAAGGCCCUCUUUGAUUUCCUUCAUUUUUAAUUUGCAUUUUUUUCUUAUUUAUUACCAAUUCAAGAUCAACCCAGAUUGCUUUGCUUUCAAAAGAAGUGGUUUUUGGUGUUCCUUAUUAUUUGAUUGGUUCUUUUCUUUCUUUUCAGAAAGUUUUUAUUGUCAGGGGGACAAUUUUAUCUCUUCAAAGGGAAAGGCUAUUGCUUUUUGUUUUCUUCAGUUAAACUCAAUGAUUUGAGAUUGGAAUAAAAACAAAAACUGAGGGUAGAGGGAUAGAUUGUUAAUGGAAGACGAGAAAGCCAGAAGCAAGUUCAAAAAGGUGUGUGUUUUCUGUGGAAGCAAUUCUGGCCAUAGAAAAGUCUUCAGCGAUGCUGCUCUUGAAUUGGGCAAUGAACUGGUGAAGAGGAAGAUAGACUUGGUGUAUGGUGGGGGAAGUGUUGGGUUGAUGGGUUUGAUAUCCCGGACAGUGUAUGAUGGAGGUUGUCAUGUUCUUGGGAUAAUUCCAAAAGCUCUCAUGCCUCUAGAGAUAUCAGGAGAAACAGUCGGAGAAGUGAGAGCUGUUUUAGACAUGCAUGAGCGCAAAGCUGCAAUGGCCCGAGAAGCUGAUGCAUUUGUUGCUCUUCCUGGUGGAUAUGGAACAAUGGAAGAGUUGUUGGAGAUGAUAACAUGGUCCCAACUUGGAAUACAUAAGAAAACAGUUGGUUUGCUAAAUGUUGACGGUUACUACAAUAAUUUGCUCGCUUUAUUUGACAAUGGCGUUGACGAAGGUUUCAUCAAGCCAGGUGACAGGCAUAUAAUUGUCUCUGCUCCAACAGCCAAAGAACUUUUGGAGAAGAUGGAGCAAUACACAUCUUCACAUGAACAAGUGGCUCCUCAUGAAAGCUGGCAGAUGGAGCAACUUGGUGAUUAUCCCAAGCAACUAAAUGCGCAAUGAAGCAUUGUGGUAGGAUUCCCCUGUUGAUUCCUGAUUGAUUCAUCAUCGAGUUGUGCAGGACAAUCUAUUUGGAUGGGCCACAUGUUGGUCGUUUACCAUGUACUUUUGUUACCAUUAAAUGGGAUUUGAUCUUAUUUAAAAUCAUCUUAACUGUU